AUGCCGCGCCAAAUAUUCAAGAAUCACGUUAUUGCAUCCGCAGGGCCUCCUCCGCAGUCGAUUACGCUUGAAAAUCUACGACGUUGGAUACCUAUGCGCAAAGGUCGCUUCGCCGAGCCUUUUGACGAUGAGGUCACCCACCUUCUCUGCACCCACGAGCAGUUCAAGAAGAGAGUGCCUCUAGUCAAGCAAGUUUUAAAAGGACACAAGCGCAUCCACAUUGUGCAUUAUGACUGGCUCGAGUUCUCUGCCGUGUUUAACAAGCGUCUCCCCGAACGGGAGUAUUCCAUGCGCAGCAUCCUCGCCAAGAAAAGGGCAGAGCAGCGCGAAAGGAAUCGGCAGGAGAAUGGGAGACGAGAGGGCGAGAGGGGGGUAAAUCCGACCCUGUUCCAUGUUUAUCGAGACAGAGAAUUUUUCGCGUACCAGAUUGAUCUCACUCGCAAUCAUUCUGAGGACGGUGAGUUUGGGCAGCGCUACAUGAUGACGCUUUGGGAGUCCAAUGCAAAGCCGCAUUUGUAUUGGUUUACGGCCAAAUUCAUGCGACGAAAGGGAGACCCAAAUGCCGCCUAUCAUCGCCCUAGCCCGUGUUCUGGCAAAUGGCGCCGCGAAAUGGAUCUUUUCAUGAACUUCUUCCGCAUCAAGACGGGCAUUGACUGGCACGACCGCGUUCUCCUCGAAGGAACUACUCCUCUGUCCGCAUUUCAAUACUGCCCACCGAAGGGGGGCAAGCCAGUCGGCAGGCGUCUUCGGUUCUCGUACGACUGCUGCGUGGAACUAAACCUGGAAUGGAAGCAGCAAAAUCUGCCGCAAGAGAUCAGCCACGAAACAGAAUAUGGAAAGGUGGAAGACGCUGUCGGAUCUGCUGAAGACGGUAAGCUGGACUCGGAUGAGAAUGAUGACCAUGGCAACUGUGCCAUGGACCUUGACGAGGGGCUUGGCGGUGACGACGCAUGCGCAACUCAGCAAAUCGAGCUUAGCGACGCUCCAUAG